UGUGUUUUGUUACAGCGAGAAAGCGCGCGCUCAUGAUGAACACUAGGGUUGCAUCUAGGAUUGCAUUGCGAUGCAAUAUACAACUAUACUGACCUGUGCAGCCAAGCCAUGCAGUGUGUGUGUGUGUGUGUGUGUGUGUGUGUGUGUGUAGUGCGCAGUAGUUAAGCUUUCACCUUCAGGAAGCGGAUCAGAUUCCUCAGAUGGUUGUGGUGUGCGGUGCAGAAGAAGAGAUCAGGAUCUCAGACAGGGAUUUUUUUUAUUACAUUAAUAUAUAGAUUUUUAAAAAAAAAAAAAAAACCCUAGGCUAUGCAUGUCACGUGGUUAUUAUAUCAAACUGGUGUCAGAGUGGUUAAAUUAAAUUAUGCAAGGUGUUCGUGGAUGCACUCGUCUCUUGCACCGUGCACACCAUCAUGCCCGCUUCAUUAAGGCUGCAUCCUGCACGACACGACCACCGUACCACCGUAGUGUAGCGGCUAUGCGCGCGCGGCUGCUCUUCCUCACGCGGCACGCUUGAAGAUGCGCGGAAAUCCGCCGCUCUUUGUCACCCUGCUGCUUCUGCCGACGCUCGCGCACCGGGCGCUGGCCAGCAGCCGCGAGCGCUCGGCGGUGUCGCGCGCCGCGGCCCGCUCCGUGGCCCGCAUGGACGGCGACGUGAUCCUCGGCGCGCUCUUCUCCGUGCACCACCAGCCGUCGGCGGAGCGCGUGGCCGAGCGCAAGUGCGGCGACGUGCGCGAGCAGUACGGCAUCCAGCGCGUGGAGGCCACGUUCCACACGCUGGACCGCAUCAACGCCGACCCGCACCUGCUGCCCAACAUCAGCCUCGGCUGCGAGAUCCGCGACUCGUGCUGGCAUUCGUCUGUAGCCCUCGAGCAGAGCAUCGAGUUCAUUCGGGACUCCCUCAUAUCGAUCCGCGACGACUCCAAAGACGGCUCCAAGUGGUGCGUCGACGGCACGCCCUCGAGCCACCCGCCGCCCACCAAGAAGCCCAUCGCGGGAGUCAUCGGGCCCGGGUCCAGCUCUGUGGCCAUCCAGGUGCAGAACCUGCUGCAGCUGUUUAACAUCCCGCAGAUCGCCUACUCGGCCACGAGCAUAGACCUGAGCGACAAGACGCUCUUUAAGUACUUCCUGCGGGUCGUGCCAUCUGACACGCUCCAAGCGCGCGCUAUGCUCGAUAUCGUUAAGCACUACAACUGGACUUAUGUUUCUGCUGUGCACACAGAAGGCAACUAUGGUGAAAGUGGCAUGGAGGCAUUUAAGGAACUAGCAGCAGAAGAGGGUCUGUGUAUCGCACACUCCGAUAAGAUCUACAGCAAUGCAGGAGAGAAGCACUUCGAUCGCCUCCUGAGGAAGCUGCGCGAGCGUCUACCCAAGGCCCGCGUGGUCGUCUGUUUCUGCGAGGGGAUGACGGUACGCGGCCUUUUGAUGGCCAUGAGACGACGGGGAGUUUCCGGAGAAUUUCUGCUCAUUGGGAGUGAUGGAUGGGCAGAUCGGGACGAGGUGGUGGAGGGAUACGAGCAGGAAGCGGAUGGAGGUAUCACUAUGAAGCUGCAGACAGAGGAAGUGAAGUCAUUUAAUGACUACUUCCUGAAGCUGCGCCUGGACACCAACACCAGGAACCCGUGGUUCGCUGAGUUCUGGCAGUACCGCUUCCAGUGCCGCAUACCUGGCCACCCUCAGGAGAAUCCUAACUACCAAAAAAUCUGUACAGGAAAUGAGAGCUUGAAGGACAACUAUGUUCAGGACAGUAAGAUGGGCUUUGUGAUCAACGCAAUCUACGCAAUGGCCCACGGGCUCCAUGAUAUGCAUCGUGACCUGUGUCCGGAUCACGAGGGCCUGUGUGAGGCUAUGGACCCCAUCGACGGCAGCAAACUCUUAGACUACCUGCUCAAAACCUCUUUCACCGGCGUCUCUGGAGAGGAGGUGUACUUCGACGAGAACGGAGACUCUCCUGGCAGGUAUGACAUUAUGAAUUUGCAGUAUGUAGAGGAGCUGGGUCGCUAUGACUACAUCAACGUGGGCUCGUGGCACGAGGGUCUACUGAGCAUUGACGAUUACAAGCUGAUGACCAACCGGAGCGAGAUGGUGCGCUCCGUCUGCAGUGAGCCUUGUUCCAAGGGCCAGAUCAAGGUGAUCCGGAAAGGUGAGGUGAGCUGCUGCUGGAUCUGCACUACCUGUAAGGACAAUGAGUAUGUGCAAGACGAGUUCACCUGCAAGGCCUGCGAUCUGGGCUGGUGGCCCGAUAACGAACUGGCAGGGUGUCAGCCUCUUCCUCUCAAAUACCUGGAAUGGAGCAGCGUCGAGUCCAUCGUAGCGGUCGUCUUCUCCUGCCUGGGCAUCCUGGUGACUCUCUUUGUAACCUUCGUCUUCAUCCAGUACAGAGACACUCCAGUGGUCAAGUCAUCAAGCCGUGAGCUGUGCUACAUUAUCCUGGCGGGUAUCUUCUUGGGGUACAUUUGCCCUUUUACCCUGAUUGCACGGCCUACGGUGAUCUCAUGCUACCUACAGCGCCUCCUAGUGGGCCUUUCAUCUGCAAUGUGCUACUCAGCUUUGGUUACCAAGACUAACCGCAUUGCACGCAUCCUGGCUGGCAGUAAAAAGAAGAUUUGCACUCGCAAGCCACGGUUCAUGAGUGCCUGGGCGCAGGUAGUCAUUGCCUUCAUCCUCAUCAGCCUACAGCUCACACUGGAGGUUGUGCUCAUUGUGCUGGAGCCUCCGGAGCCAAUCAAGAGCUACCCAAGCAUUAGGGAAGCCUACCUCAUCUGUAACACCAGUAACGUGGGUGUGGUGGCACCAUUGGGCUACAAUGGCCUGCUCAUCCUGAGCUGCACCUACUAUGCCUUCAAAACGCGCAACGUACCAGCCAACUUCAACGAGGCCAAAUACAUUGCCUUCACCAUGUACACCACGUGUAUCAUCUGGCUCGCGUUCGUGCCCAUCUAUUUUGGCUCCAAUUACAAGAUCAUCACCACCUCAUUCUCAGUCAGCCUGAGUGUCACUGUGGCUCUGGGCUGCAUGUUUACACCCAAGAUGUACAUCAUCAUCGCCAAGCCGGAGCGCAACGUGCGCAGCGCCUUCACCACAUCAGACGUGGUACGCAUGCACGUGGGAGACGGCAAGGCGGCAGCCGCCGCGUGCCAGAGCAACAGCUUCCUGAACAUGUUCCGCAGGAAGAAGAACAACGCCAACAGCAGCAACACCAAUCCUAAUGGAAAGUCUGUGUCAUGGUCUGAAUCAGGUGCCCGGCCCCAGGGGAGGGGGUCGAGUGUGUUCCACAGACUGUCUGUGCAUGUGAGGAGGCAAGCAGUCGGCCAGAGUCAGACGGCGGUCAUCCGACCCCUAACUAACGCCUCGCAACCCCUGCACCCCGAAUACGACCCUGGACUUGACACAGACCACAACGGCUCACAACCUAACACCAAGGUUCUCUACAACCUCAAUGAGGAGGGCGAUGAAGGGUGCCGAUCCCCCUGCAACGUACAUGGAACAACCCCGGAUAGACGGGAGCCAGCCUCCUACUCACCUGCUCACCUGAUGGGCCUCAACUCUGACUCUCUAGAUGGAGGCCAAGUGGAUACGCUAAGCUCUAACAUUAGGGCUUUUGAUGAAAUGGUGGGCAACAGAGUGAACCCUGCUUACAAUCCAUUAUCCAAUCAGCUACCUCUGCCCCUGCAGGGGGAGAUGUUGUCUGAGGAGGGUUCAGAAAUGGAGGCUCUUGACCUUAUCCAUGGCUUCCUGUAUGACAGUACUGUACAGGAAGAAGAGGAGGAGGAGGAGGAGGAGGAGGAGGAAGAAGAGGGUGGACAGGAGGACUUGGCUCAAAGCAAGCUUACUCUCCUCGCUCCACCCUCACCUUUCAGGGACUCACUGCAUUCAGGCAGGUCAAUCCCAGGAUCCCCUGCCCUUGACAACGAACCAAACGCCUCCCAGGAAGUGACCUACGCUCCCAAACAAAGCUCUUUUACACUGUGAGAGCAGGUGCUCAGGAUGCAGAAAAUGGCCGGCUCCCACUUCACUUCAUUUAUCUUAUUUACUUAUAGCAGUUGCUUGCAUACAUGUUUUUUUUUUUAUUGUUACUUUACAAGACAUUCCUGUCAGGAAUAAAACCGUUUGAAAAGAGACAGCAAGUCGAGACAAAUGGAACGUCCGACUGGGAUUACUGUUCUAAAGUUCUUGUAUGUAGAAAAGCUGGAGUGGCAAAAUAUCAAGCUUGUCGAUGAACCAAAACCUACUAGUGAACGUUGUAUUCAGUGGAGAUUGCGGUGCGGUUUGUAUGGACCACAGUGGAAGAAACUCAGACUUUGGGUCUAUAAUGUAUGGACUAUGUAGCCUGAAAUCAUUGUAAAUCAAUUUUGUUAUAUAUAUAUAU